AUUGGUACGCAUGCGUAACAUUAAAAACAUUUUUUAUUUAAAAACAGAUUGUAUCACGAGAAAAAGUAGUAAAAGUGAAGAAAUCCUUUUAAUUGAAAAUUUAGAGAUUGUAUCACGAGAAGAAGUGGUUGUAGUUCAUUUAGAAACAGAUUGUAUCACGAGAAGAAGUGGAAAAAUAUUUCUGUAUUAUAAGAUAAAGGUUGAAAUACUUUGAAACAGCUGCUGAUAGCGAUGAAAAAUUGUCCAUGCCACCAGCUAAAAAGUUAGCAGUUUGUAAUACAAGUGACACUGAGGAGACAUAUCCAUCAGUUUCCCCAAUAUUGAAGAAAUCUUUUAAUUCCCAAAAUAUUUUACAACCCACAACUGUUCGAUAUAUUGAGCCAUUUAGUUCGAAUCGUUCUCUACUGAUAUUUUCGUCUUCUGAUCAGAGCUUGGCAACUGUUAUGGCUGCUUUAGGCACCCGAUUUCCUGCAUUUGAGAAGAAAAGUUUAGAGUUGCUUGACAGUAUUCAAUAUGAUUUGAAAAAGUUAAACACUUGCCUAAUCAAUUUAGAAAAAGGUUUAGUGUUUCCUUCUGUUAGCAAUCAGAGCAUAGCAGGACCAUCCCCAUCAGUUAAAUGGAAUUAUUUGCCUGUUAAAGAGGAAAAAGAACUUCUAGAUUUUAAUUAAGAUACGGAAAAGAAUGCUUUAUAUACAGUAUAUUUAUUAAAUUGUGUUGUGGUUUUAACCAUUUAUGCCCAGUUAACUCAUUUAGUAGAGCAAUCAGCCUACUAAUCAUAGGAAGCCUCACAUUAGAUACUUGAGAUUGCAUUCACCCCGAUUUUUUUACUGUUGUAAAGACAACCUAUGCUAGUGAAUGAAUAAUCUGAUACUAUAGUAUCAGAUUUUUUACACAAUAUAUUGUGUAAUUAUUGGUAGGGGUAUGAGAAGCUCAUAAACCUGUAUAAAAUUUUGUGUAUAUAUAUGUAUGUAUAU